ACCAGCCUAGUUCGGCAAGGGUGGAAAUUGGACUUUUAUAGUCAGUUAACUCUCUUGCCUCGGGAAGAUGUAUUUAGCCAACAACAUUUUAGUGCAGAAAGCUAAUUGGAUUGUUGCAAACAUGUGAUUCCACCCACUUGUUAAUUUAGCCGAGCCUGCAUCCGUCCCGCACAGCGCUUACUUGAUCACACCAGACGAGCCGACAUGGCAGCCGUUCCACUUCCUGCUGCUGUACUACUGAUACACCUGACUGUGACCGGUACCGGCACCCCGUGUUCUGAUGUACUCACAGUCCAGAAAACUCGUACAUACAAAAAAAUGACUUCCCUGACUGUGUUCAAAUGCGCUGCUGAAUGCCUUGCAUCGUCAUUCUGUGCUUCGUUCAACUUCGACUUAGAAACAAAAGUGUGUAGCCAACGAAGUGACGGCAUUACCCCUCUUGACGUCGUCUCUCGACUUGAUAACCUGAAACGCUGGCCAAAGUCUAGUUCUGGGAUUCAGCGUGCGAGGUUCCCCCGAGUUCAGAUGUGCGGACUGUCUUGGUCGUACAACAGGGUGGCAAGGGACUGUGGUGAACCACCAGAUGUGUUUGGAUCAGCCAAAGUGUCAAAGCAUCAUCGCCAGGGAGCUGUGACAAAUUACACAUGCCAAUCAGACUUUAUUUCCUGUGACAAGAAAACGUACAAGACGAGUCUAUGUCAGACAUCAGGCCUGUGGGAGUACGUCUCUGCGUGGUGUGAAAGGUUCCGCUGGACUAACCCUGUAAGUUAA